CUCAUAAGAUUUUGUGGAGAUCAUAACACAAUUUUGGCAGACUGGCAGUUGUUCUUCGAGCAACCGUUAAUGAAAUUUGCUCUGCACAGUGAGGGACUGAGGAAGUUUGUAGCGGAAUCCUGAUGAGACGGAGGUAAAGUAAUCAGAACUCAGCCGGGAAGAUGAUGCUGGAUCUAGGUCCGUUCUCCGACGAGAAAUUCGACCCGAAGAAAUGGAUCAACGCCGCUUGCCAGACCCGGCACCCGCAGGAAUCCCUCGACGACCACCUCGUCGAUAUGGAAAUGAAGCUGCAGAUGAUGUCCGAGGAGAUUGCGGCGUCGCUCGAGGAGCAGAGCGCUGCCGCGCUCCUCCGCGUCCCUCGCGCUACUCGUGAUGUUGUUCGCCUCCGUGAUGAUGCCGUUUCGCUUCGUAGCUCGAUCUCCGCAAUCCUUCAGAAGCUCAAAAAGGCAGAGGGGUCUUCGACUGAGUCUAUAGCUGCUCUUGCUAAGGUUGAUACUGUAAAACAGAGAAUGGAAGCUGCGUACGAGACUCUACAGGAUGCAGCGGGAUUAGCCCAAUUAAGUUCUACAGUGGAGGAUGUGUUUGCCAGUGGUGAUCUUCCUCGUGCUGCAGAAACAUUGGCUAAUAUGAGACACUGCUUGUCUGCUGUUGGCGAGGUUGCUGAAUUUGCUAAUGUGAGAAAGCAACUUGAGGUCUUAGAGGAUAGGCUUGAUUCGAUGGUGCAGCCUCGUCUAACAGAUGCAUUAUCGAACCGCAAGGUUGAAGUUGCACAAGAGUUGCGCGGAAUUCUGAUGAGAAUUGGCAGAUUCAAGUCUCUCGAGGUGCAUUAUUCUAAAGUUCAUUUGAAGCCAAUCAAGCAGAUGUGGGAGGAUUUUGAUGCUAGGAAGCUAGCUACUAAGCAUGCAAAUGGCAGGAAUGAGUUCGGAAGGACUGCAGGCAACACUGAUUUGCCAACAGUUCCUUUUUCAAGUUGGUUGCCGAGCUUCUAUGAUGAACUGCUGAUGUAUCUUGAACAAGAAUGGAAGUGGUGCAUGGUUGCUUUCCCUGAUGAUUAUAAGGUGCUGGUACCAAAGCUACUGGUUGAAACAAUAGCAGCUGUGGGAGCAAGUUUUGUCUCUCGACUUGACCUUGCCACUGGAGAAGUCGUUCCUGAAACUAAAGCACUUUCAAAAGGCAUACUGGAUAUUUUGUCGGGAGAUAUGCCAAAGGGCAUCAAGCUUCAGACUAAGCACCUCAAAGCACUAAUCGAAUUGCACAAUACUACUGGUACUUUUGCAAGGAAUAUCCAACACUUGUUUUCAGAAUCUGAUCUUCGAGUUCUCAUGGAUACGCUGAAGGCUGUUUACCUGCCCUAUGAAGCAUACAAACAGAGGUAUGGACAGAUGGAGCGUGCCAUCUUGUCCUCCGAGAUUGCUGGGGUUGAUCUAAGAGGAGCAGUUACUCGUGGUGUGGGAGCCCAAGGAAUUGAACUGAGUGAAACAGUUCGAAGGAUGGAAGAGUCUAUCCCACAAGUAAUUGUUCUUCUAGAAGCUUCUGUUGAGAGAUGCCUCAGCUUCACUGGUGGGUCCGAGGUGGAUGAGCUGCUUCUUGCACUUGAUUAUAUAAUGCUCCAGUACAUCUCUUCUCUCCAAGAAACCCUCAGAUCAUUAAGGGCUGUCUAUGGAGUGGAUAAUGAUUCUAUUGAUCCCAAGGAUGGGAGUCAAAGCAUACGGAAAGCUGACUCGUCCUCAAACGAAGAGGAAUGGUCAAUUGUCCAGGGGGCCCUUCAAAUACUCACUGUUGCAGACUGUUUGACAAGCAGAUCCUCUGUGUUUGAAGCAUCCUUGAGAGCUGCUCUAGCUAGAGUAAGCACUAGUCUGUCAUUUUCUGUGUUUGGAUCAAGUUUGGACCAGAACUAUUCGCAUGGAGGAAAUACUGAUGGCGAUGGACAGCCUUCCUUGGGUGGAAGAGCUGCUUUGGAUGUUGCAACUAUACGUCUCGUCGAUGUUCCAGAGAAGGCUCGCAAACUAUUUAACCUAUUGGAUCAGUCAAAAGACCCGAGAUUUCACGCUCUUCCUCACGCAUCACAGAGAGUUGCGGGAUUCGCUGAUACAGUUAAUGAACUUGUGUAUGAUGUCCUCAUAUCCAAGGUAAGGCAACGCCUUAGUGACGUAUCGCGUUUGCCCAUCUGGGUGGCGGUCGAAGAGCAGAGCGCUUUCCAUCUUCCGACUUUCAGUGCCUACCCACAAGCCUACAUUACCAGCAUAGGGGAAUAUCUUCUUACUUUACCCCAGCAGUUGGAGCCACUUGCCGAGGGCAUAUCGAAUAGUGAUUCCAUCAAUGACGAAGCCCAGUGCUUUGCAGCUGAAUGGAUGUUCAAGGUUGCAGAGGGAGCCACUGCUCUUUACAUGGACCAGUUGAGGGGAAUUCAGCAUGUAACUGACAAGGGAGCUCAGCAGCUGUCAGUCGAUAUUGAGUACUUGAGCAACGUGCUUUCAGCCCUGUCGAUGGAGGUUCCCCCUGCUCUCGCAACGUUUCAAACAUGUCUCUCGACGCCGAGGGACCAACUGAGGAACCUUGUGAAAUCUGAGACCCAACUCGACUUCCCCACAGCAAACCUUGUAUGUAAGAUUCGGCGUGUCAGCUUAGAUUAGAACAAAGAAGUUGUUACGCUACAACUUACGAGUAUAUAAAUUCGUACAACAUAUUCAGAUUCUCGUUGCAACCUUAUUUGUAUUUUGCAAAGUUUUCUUGUUUUGAUAAAGUUUUGUGACGAUUUUGUAAGCAUCGCAACAUUAGCGAAUUGCUGCAGAUGGAAAGAGACGAUUGCUAGUCCAAUAUUCUAAAAUUUCACUUUUUACUUAGUAGCAGUAAAUUACCCUUCCAUGC